CAUGGCUAAUAUGGCUAUUUAGUUAAUAUGGAGGCCAUGGAAGUAGAUGAAAACGCUCCCCAGCUAUACGUCCGCACGCCGGAGGAUGUAAAGGCAAUUGUGAAACAUGCCAAGUUGGACGAGAGGCAGCUCACCCAAGUUACUCAGGCACUGUAUUACCCCUCGGCAAAUAUUGUCGCCGACAAUCUGCGUCUGCUAGAGCUCGAUUCCCACAUGCUGCAUCACAUCCGCGAGGGUCAGACGCUCCACUUCAAGGGUGGCCUUAAUGAAAAGAUCGUGCUCUGCACUGACGAGCGGACGUACGAUGUUAAGGGCGCUGAGAUCUCCAACAGCUUGUUGCUCGUGCCGGAUUUAAAGUUUGGCGCUGCCACCAGCACAUCCCCACUUAAGAGCCCGCGCACAGGCAAUGCAAACGCUUCUCUGGAGCGAAGUCUCAACGACAGCACAGAAGAUGACCUGGAAGUGCCUCGUACUCUGGAGCAGCGUUCGGUCCUGGCCGUGUUCCAUGAAUACUUUGAGUGCCGCGAGAUCAAGCCCCGCUUCCGCAAACUGGGCGAGCUGCUUCAACUAACACGGUAUUCGGGGCCGGAGAACGAGUAUUGCAUUGAGCGGAAGGUCCUCUUCAGCUAUCAACAAUUGCUGGACACGGUCCAGUGCAGUAGGGCACAAUUUGAGGAGGGUCUACGGAACUUUCGCGCUUUGGAAUUCGAUGGUCAUAUACGCGUAUUGGAAUACGAGUACGAGUAUCGAAUAAUCAGUCUGAUGCUCGGUUUGAUCAGCGAAAACUCCUGGGCCCUGGACGAAGUGGAAAGGGGGGAAACAAUCAGCGCUUUGAAGGGCAUUGCACCAGAGCCUGUAGUGACUGGGCUCUUUGAUAUAUAUACCAUUCCCAGCGAGCGCUGUCCAGGCCAGUUCUCCUACCAGGAAUCCCUGGUCGCUCGGAUUGUCGCCCAGAACAUUCUGCAGCCGGGGCUGCGUUUCCGCAAUGAGGAAUUUAUGCGUUCCUGGCUGGAGGCCAUGCCCGAGGGCAUGUCCUGUGAAAUGCAAUAUCUACGUGGUCUGGGAAUCUGCGAUUCGGAGGGGGCACAGCCUUGUAUACGCUCGCUGGCCGAAGAGCGGCUUCCCACAAAUCUCAACGAUCGCAUGAGGGAUCUGUUCAAGACGAAACGAAAAUGGACCCUGGAGGAGAUGGAACCGUAUAUUGAGUGUUUCACAACUCCAACUCUGUCUGUUUCCACUUUGCUGGCCAAGAACGCGCGCUCUCUGACAGAGGCUGGCGUUAGAUACUACGUGUCGAAGCACUGAUGAACUUAUCCGGAACUUUAUUUGUAUAAUCCUUUGUGAAUCUUUUAAGUAAAAUAAUGUUGAUUUAGGCAUUUUU